UUUGCAUAUUGCCAUUGUAGCAAAAUAAAAAAUUGGUGUCCAGUGUACUCAGCUUCCCUUAAUAUCUAACGUGCCAGUGCUGUUUUUGUUGCUGUCAGAUUGAACCUCAGCGUUUGGCUAAUACGUUGCAAUUCUACAUGGGAUACAACUUGUUUUGCCUAUUUCCUCUCGCUCACCAGCAAAGGCUUUCUACCAAGAGAAUCAAUUGGUGAGGAUAUUGGGAAUUUACUACUUACUGUUCAUCAAAUGGAUGAAAUUGCUGAUAGUGGUAGUGGUAGCAAGCAAAGGUCUUUAUCUGUCUCACCUAAGGAUAAAGGGAGUAAAAACAAGAGAAAAUCAGCAGAUCCUUCUAUGGGGAACCCACUUAACAUCCCUCCGUCCUUGACUGAGUUCCCUAGGUAUGAAUUAUCUCCUGAUCUUGAGGUUUCUCAAAGAUCUCGGAGUGAACUCACAUUAGAGUUGGGAUUGGAUCGGCCUAAAGAAGGACCAGAGCCAGAAGCAUUUGGAGCUACUGAUUGGGAUGAUCCCAUUGCAUGUCAGCUUGAAGAAAUUUUGUUUUCCAAUUUGCAAGUGGUUUUCCGGUGUGCAAUUAAGCAGAUUGUUGAAUUAGGAUACAGUGAGGAGGUUGCUGAAAAGGUCGUUUCAAGGGGUGGCCUUUAUUUAGAAGGUAAAGACCCUGUGGUGAAUAUCGUAAAUGAUACUCUGUAUUUUAUGGAGGAAGGGAAGGAUAUUCAUGAUUUAAGAGAUGACAUGUUUGAUGAUUUACAGCACCUGGUUGAGUACACGAUGUUGGAAAUUAUUGGUGUGCUUAGGGAGGUUAGGCCAUCCUUAUCCAUUGGGGAAGCAAUGUGGUGGUUGUUGAUAUGUGACUUGAAUGUUUCACAAGCUUGUGCACUGGAAAGAGAUCCUUUGAGUGGUUUCGGUUGUAAAAAAGUCUCAGGAGAGGGCUCCUCUGACUCUGCCAUUCCCCAAUUCAGAUCGGAGGCGCAAAGCUCUGAAACUAUUCUUCCGAAUCCCAAAGAACCAAAAUUUCCAAAGCUUUCACUCCCCAAAGCAAAAAAAUCUCUGCCAAAAACACUGAAAUUUGAAAGUUUCCCAAAUUUACCCAAACCUGAAGAUCUUGCUCUGGAAGGGGUAACCCCAGAAGAAGAGAGUCUGGUGUCGUUGACAUGCACUUUAAGGAAUUCCUCGGGUAUCACUAGAGAAAAUGUCCAGAUUGUAUCGCAAACCUAUGCCUCUGAAGAAAAAGUGGGAGCUGGUCGCAAGGGGCGGACUAAGAAAGAACUUGCAGUACUUCGGCAGAAGUGCUUCCAUAUGGACAAAAGCUACAGGACUUAUGGAUCAAAGGGGGGUUUUAGAUCAGGGAAACUCACAAGCUUUGGUGGUUUUGUCUUGGAAAGAAGACUGAAGCCACCAUCUGAACUUCCUGGUGUACAAAUGAAAAAUGCCUCCCCAAAGAAAAGUACAGAAGUUCCAGCUGACGUCCCUUUAGCAGAUGGAAUUCAUCCUGUAAACAAGUCUCCAUCUGCUGUACCUGCAAAAGAAAAAACUUCAAAAUUACGCAUAAAGGGUACCAUGUCUAUGUUGCCUACAGCUGAAACCAAGCUUCCUAUAUCAUCACCUUCAGAAAAGAAAUCCAACCCAGAGCCCCAGGUCAGCACCUCUGAGGCCCCAAAAAUAUCUGAUUACUACACCGGAAUUCCGUAUGAAAAUUCUCUGGGAAAGUAUGUUGCGCAAAAUGAGAAGGAUGAACUGAUUUUGAAGCUGGUUCCUCGGCUUCAAGAACUCCAGGAUGAGCUACAAGGUUGGACUGAAUGGGCCAAUCAGAAGGUUAUGCAUGCUGCUCAUAGGCUUGGCAAGGACCAGCGUGAGCUUAAAGCAUUGAGACUAGAGAACGAAGACGCAGACCAAUAUAAAAAGGAGAAGCAAAUCUUGGAGGAGAACACCAUGAAGAGGCUGUCUGAGAUGGAGAAUGCCUUGAGUAGUGCCACUAGCCAAGUUGAGAUACUUAAUUCUACUGUUCUCAAGCUUGAGGCGGGAAAAUCAGUGCUGAAGAGGGAGUUAGAUGCUGCUAAAUUACGGGCUUUGGAGUCAGCUGCAAGUUACCAGGAAGUAGUGGAAAGGGAGCAGAUGACUCUAAAAAAGGCCCAGUCAUGGGAGGGUCAAAAGGCGUUGUUGCAGGAAGCGUAUGAGAGAGAGAAAUGCAAGGUAGCUGAGCUGCAACAGGAAUUAGACAAGGCUAAGAACCUCCACAACCAGAUUGAGGCUAGAUGGAAACUGGAUAGGUUGACUCCAGAGAAACUACUUACACAAGCUGCCUCCAUAAGACAGGAAAGGGAACUACUUGAAGCUCAUGCAAAAGCAGAGGAGGAAGUGAUAAGACAAAAAGCAGAAGGUGAUUUGCAGAAAUAUAUGGAAGACAUAAAAAAGCUCGAGAACAAGUUAUCCCAAAUGAAAUUCAAGUCUAACUCUUCCACUAUAGCAGCACUUAGGAGCGGUAUUGGCAGAAGCUGUGGCGGUGUCCUAACAGACAGCAUGGAUGUCCAAGCUAUGCAAAGAAACCAGGAACCUCUUGUCCUUAAAAGGGUGGCGAAUUUGCAGAACAGUUUCAGGACUCGAGGUCUAAAACAAGAGAGGGAAUGUGCCAUGUGCCUAUCAGAGGAAAUGUCAGUGGUUUUCCUUCCAUGUGCACAUCAGGUUGUCUGUGCAAAAUGCAAUGAGCUUCAUGAGAAACAAGGGAUGAAGGACUGCCCUUCCUGCAUGACCCCAAUCCAGUGGAGGAUUAAUGUGCGUUUUGCUCGUCCUAGCUGCUUUACACCUAUUAGCAGGAUUGGUGAAUGCUGAAUUAUAAUCAUGAUUUGAAAAUAGUUUCCAUGUACACCUUCCUUUUUGUGUUUUGGGUUUUAACAGUUCAUUUUUUUUGAUAAGUAAAAUAGUGGGGUAGGAAGCUGCUCUCUUGUAAUCAAGUCUUUAACAGUUCAUACAAGUGGGUCAUCCAAAAGAGAGAGAAAAGGAAAGUGGUGAAAAACAGAAGGAAGAAUAGAGUCAGAGUUACCUUGUAAAGUUUAAGUUAAUCUUUAAUUUACAUGAAAUCUACCUUUUGUGUUUA